AUGACAGAGGCUAUCCCGGUUAAGGUCGUUGUUCGAGUUCGACCAAUUAAUAAUCGCGAAAAGGCAGAAAAUUCUCAAGAAUGUGUGCAAUGUUUUGUGGAACAGAAUCAGAUAUCCAUAAAUGGUAAAAUGUUCACGUUCGAUAGCAUCUUCGAUCCUACUACAUCACAAGAAAUGAUAUAUGACGCGUGUGCUGCUCCGUUAUUGGAAAAAAUUUUUGAUGGAUAUAACUGUACGAUUCUUGCAUAUGGACAAACGGGUAGCGGAAAAACCUAUACGAUGGGGACUGAAGAAACGAUAACCGCAUCAAACGAGGGGCGUGGAAUUAUUUCGCGAUUAGUGGAUGGUAUUUUCAAACAAAUUGGAGCAUCAGAUAAACAUCGAGUGACAGCGUCAAUGCUUGAGAUAUAUGAGGAGAAAGUCAUCGAUUUACUUUGUAUUAGUCGGGAAUGUUUGCAAAUUCGCGAGUCAAAAGGAGUCGUUUUUGUGCAGGGAUUAUCAGUACAUCCGGUAUCCUGUCUUGAAGAUGCCUUGAAACUCCUGCAAAAGGGAUGUCACCUUCGAAGCAGAGGAGAAACAGCAAUGAACGAUAAAUCAUCACGCUCGCAUGCCAUCUUCACGUUGUCUAUCGAAGGGAAUGAAUCAGAAGAAAGUACCGUAUUCAAAGCGAAACUUCAUCUUGUGGAUCUAGCUGGUUCUGAGCGUUUAAAGAAGACUCAAGCUGAGGGCGAAAGGAUGCGAGAGGGUAUUAAAAUUAAUGAAGGUUUGCUAGCUUUGGGUAACGUGAUUGCGUCUCUGACCGAUCAAAAUUCCACUGGACGUCAUAUUCCGUAUCGUGUUGCGAAAAUUACACGUCUUCUUCAAGAUUCUCUUGGAGGGAACAGCUAUACGGUGAUGAUAGCAUGCGUUUCACCAGCUGAUACGAAUGCCGACGAAACCCUGUCAACAUUGCGGUAUGCGGAUCGAGCAAAACGUAUUAAGAACAAGCCCAUUGUAAACAUCGAUCCAAAUAUGGCCUUGAUCCAAGGUUUGAGGGAUGAGUUGGCUAGCGUUAAACACGAAUUGGCAAUGCUACGUGCGGGAGAGAAUGCUAUAACGUUAGGAGAUUACCAAACAACCAAUGAGAUAACAAAAGAGUGCAAGAGAUGUGCUGAAUUAGAAAAACAAAAUCUAGAGAGCCAGGAAGACUACAAUCGUCGUAAUGUACGGUUUGCGGAAGCCAUGGUGGAAAAUUCGAAAUUGGUCGAGCAGUUACUGGCUUCACAACAAAUUGUUGAGCAGUUGAAAGAUUAUAUUAAGGAAAUCAAGAGGAAAAACGAAAAUAAGGAAUUUGAUGAGGCGAUGAAAAUUCUGGACACUGCUAUUAAUUUGCGAGGCCCUGUCGAAGAAGAAAAAGAAAAAGAUGUGUUCGAUAUUACUGAAGACGAUGGGGAUGAUGAAACUUCCGAUCAAGCAUUUGUAAAUCGUUUUACUGAAAAGCAAAUAACGCUUAAUAAGGACAUGCGAGAUAUUUUGGAAGAAAUCAAGCAAAAAGAGCUGGCAUUUGAAGCAACUGUCGCUUCACAGACAGAAAUCGUCAAAAUGCGUGAUACCUAUGCCGCUGAAAUGGAACAGCUGCAAGCGAAAUUGAUUAUCCUGGAAAAGGAAAAGCAGGAGUUGCUAAGCAAGCUUAAAGGAUCCAGCAUCCAUCAUAAGUUGAGUGAAGAACGACGGAAACGACUUCAAGAACUCGAGAGAGAAUUGGCAGCGAGCAAGAGGAGGGUGGGAGAAAUCCAGAGGUUGGAAAAAGAAAAUAUUCGUUUACAGGAGCAAUCCAAGAAGUUGAGUACGGAACUUAGCGAACUGAAGAAGUUACGAGUGAAAAUGUCUAAGCAAAUGAAGGAAGGAGAAGUAAGGUUUCGAAAAUGGAAGAUGAUGGCUGAUCGAAAUAUGGCUCAGUUGAAAAACCAAGUACGCAAACGUGAAGUAGAAAUUGCUCGAGAGCAGCACGCAAAAAAUCUGCAAUUGGCUGUUUAUCGACGCAAAUAUGAGGAAGCAAAUGCUUGCAAUCGACGUCUGCAGAUGCAACUUGCUAAAAGUACUACUCGAGCAAAAGCAUGUUACGAUGGACAAUUUAUCUCGGCUCUGAACGAUGAAUUAGCUGUAGCUUAUUCCGCUGCUGAAGCCGAAAUUCACUGCCAAGUCUUAAUCGAACAGCGAAAAAUUCUUUCUACUCAGCAACAAAAAUUAAAGAAAACAUUAGAGAAAUUGUUGAAGGAACCGCCGGCCAAGCGUCGUACUGGAUUCGGUCGUGUAGGCAUUGAGGGCGAAGAUGAAAGGGAAAUGAUUGAAGGGCAGCUGAAGAAUUUGGAUGAAGAAAUUCAGUUACGAGGCAGUGAACUCAGCGAUAUUCAAAAGAAAUGCACAAAAGCUUACUCGGAUGAACAUCGUGAACAACUUUGGAAUGCUCUACGAAAUCUUACGGAAGCAAGAGCAGGACUCGAUCGUCUGUUCGAUGCGACCAUAAACGAGAGGCGUUCUUGUUUGGAAAAAGAUUUGGUAAUCGAAGAACUGAGGCGAGACAUGGAUGAAAUGAAAAAUUUGUAUGAGAAGAAGUUGGACGCUGCGAAGACAGAGUUUAAAAGCGCCAAAACCGAUUUGGCAACUUUGCGAAGAACCUUAGCAGAAGCUGAACUGUGCUACGCUCAGCAGGAACACGAUAUGAUAAAUAUUUGGAAUGAGAUGGUCGAGGGGCACUUUGAUUUGCCCGAUAAUGUUGUCAGGAAUUUGAACCUGGUAAAGGAAGCUGCUAACAAUUUCACCAAUCUCCAACAAGCAUUUGAACAAAAACGACAUGAUUUAGAGAAAUCAAAUGCACGAUUUUACCAUGGUCGACUACGUCGCAAGACUGGACCAAAGGAUAGUAUCAUGUCUGGUCGUUCUCUAUCAGAGAGUAUUAUGGAAGAAAGAGGUGAUGAAGGAAGUUUGGCUAAAAGUUAUCAAGUAAGGGAAAAUCGAAAAGCAGUAGAACGUCUUGGAGUUGUUAGGGAUCUGGACUCGAUUUUCUCAGAUGAAAAAGAAGAGAAUACAUCUACUGCGGACAGUGAUUUUUCGUAUCAUCCGACUCCACAGAGAAUAAUCCGUAAACGUCAAUCCAGUGUAGCUAAUGUACCUGGACGCCGUGAUACCUUCAUUUUAAACGAGGCUCCUCUGAAAAAGAUUGAUAUGGAACAGGAACAAGAAUUGAAAGAUGAACCUGUUGCAGGCUGCAGCAAGGUCACUUUAAAGGAAUCCGACUUCAAUCCGAAUGCAACAUAUACAGUUGAGCAAUGCUCAGGUUUGGAUCACCGAUCAAUUAUAACGCGCGACCUUUUUAAGAAACUUUGA